AUUUCCGUGGAUGCCUAUCGCCAAUUUACGUUUGAAGGUGCGCAAGAAAUAGCCACGAUGUUCGCGCACUAUCAAACGGUUACGGAGUGGGAUCGGAGCAUAGUUGACGACCUGAUUCCUUCCUACAGAACAUUCGAACAAUGGUUAAAGGAUAACGAAAAGAUGUUGCUGGACAUCUUCACCGAGCUGUCUAUGAAGGAAUACAAAGCUCCACCGUCUAAAAUAGGAACUUCAGUUGUCGAGGAGAAAGCACCCUGGACUUUGAGAUCUCUAUUUAGUCAUAGAUUUCCUGGAACUUCCAAGAUGAGCACGCCCGUAGCUCUCUCCCUGGCCACUCAAGAAGUUCGUCGACACACCCAGAGGUGUCGAAUAUUCAGUCAGCUACGAUACGAUGAGGCAGAGUCGGAUAGCUAA